GGCAGUGGAGAGUCACAAGUUUCAAGAUGGCGAAUACUGUCAAAGUAUUUUGACUUCUCUCUCCCUUUGCCCAUUCGCAUGCGGGUGGAAAAAAAAUCGAUAGUUGUUAUGGCCCUCCGUCAUUCCCGUUGGAGGGAUGAGAGUUUAGCAUUUUAGGUUAGGGUUAGUGGACUCGUUGACACCCGGCCUCGCGUAUGGCACGCACCCAUAGCCUCCGCAAAACGCCGCAUUUCCCAACUCCCCCGUAAUGUAUAUCACACUAUGGCUUCCCUCGUGUCGUGCAGUGUAAACAGUGUAACGAGACCGAAUAAAAUCUGUGCAAUAACUCCAGAGACAGCUCCAACAAUCCUCCAAAAAUCAUCCCCCCAAGAAUCAGUGAGUGCACGAUGAAUGCAUCCCUCAAUGCCGAAAAACCCCAGUGAAAAGGCACUCGGUCCCCCCACCAGACUCGCCAAAAAUAGGUCUUUUGCCGUACUUUGUUUCCCUUCGACAAAAUAUUUAUGGAAAGGGAGUGCCAGAGAACUUAACACAUUAGCCCUUCUAAAAACCAGAGAGUUGAGAGAAUAAGUGACCGAGGGUAUCAAUUCAUUGUGCAUGGAUUCGAUGAUAUGGCUGAUACAGAGGACACCUAAAGGAUGUCACAGACAGCGGAUGCUGAGAGUGAGGCGGGCUCCAUUUGCGACGAGGAGAGAGUGAGAAAGCUCUUCCAGGCCUGCGACGGAGACGGGGAUGGUUUCAUCGAUAGUCAGGACCUGUUGACUGUCUGCCGCGAGCUGAACCUCGAGAAUUCCGUGGAGGAGUUGAUGAGAGAACUUGGUGCAGAUGAAACUGGCCGUAUAUCCUAUCAAGAGUUUCUCAGACGUCGUCUGGCAUUGAGACCGGAAAUCGAGGCACUGAGAUCAGGAAAGAGCAGGACCAGUCCUCAUCACACCCACACACCUGAGUAUCUACCAACCAGCAGCGACAACAGUCUCGGGACAGUUUCUGGGCGUCAUGAGAGUUGGGAGUUCGACAGUGGGGCACGUGAUUUGUCACCCGAGCCUCACACCCUCCAAAAACUCGUGGAGGCAGCAGCUGGAGGAACUGGAAACAUGCUCGACCUCGCCAACAAGCUUCAUGCCGCCGCGUUAUCGUCCCUGAGAUCAGAGGUAGCCGAGCUGAAUGCCCGUCUUCUGUCGGCAACGAGAGCAAAAGAGGCUGCGGAGGCGUCACUGAUAAGAGCCGAGGCACAGGUAGCAAGGGCCGAACAGAGGGCUGAACAGCAGUCAGCCAGGCAAGAGGAACGACUCACUGAACUUCACUCUGUCAUUGCUGAGCUCGGGCGACAGCUAGAGAGACACAGGGCAACUGUCAUUGCCGAGGAGGAUGAGUCAGAAGUGGAAACGAGUAGAGAUGCUGAAGGAUCGAUAACAAAUCCAGUGGAGGAGUCAGAAACCGGUGACAUUCAGGGAGAUGGUGAUCGUACCCUGGGCGAUGCCGACUCGAGCGAGGACAGAAGUUGUGGAGAUGAGAUCUCAACUCGCCAAACAGAGAAUGAUCGAGAACAGCUGGACAGCCCCGCGGCUCUACCCACCCCAGAGCCAACCCAGCAAGCAGCCUCGUGUCAGAGUGUCGCUGUUGCUACACUCCAGGAGGAGGUUAAUGCACUGAGAGCUGAAAUUGCUACUCUGCAAGCACAACUUGCGCAGUUCAGGGGCCAUCCUGGACAGAAUAACCACUCGGGGCAUCAUGGGAGCAGUGACUCACCCAGAAGGGAUCACAGGAGAGGAAACAUCAGCUCCCCUGAGCCCCUCACAGCCCCCUGCUCACCCCUCCUGCCGCCCCUGCAAACCCCCCCAGCGAAGAAUCCCUCCCGAGAGGAGGUCCCAGUUCUGAAGAUGGCUGAGAGAGUAAAAUUGAGAAGAACCGAUGAGAGGCACAUCACUGGGCCUGACAUCACAAAUUUGGGUGUCUGCUCGACCAUGGUGGCUGAACACCUAGUCUCUGAUCUUCUGGACCACUCCAACCUCCACGAGCUCAAUGGCUCUGAGAAGCAGUUCGAGGUCGAAACAGAGAGGUUGAACAGCAGACUUGAGCAUGCCAGGGCCAACAAUGCUGUUCUUGCUCUGACUCUGCACGAGAGCAAAGCCCAGUGUGACAGACUGAGUCUUCUCGUUGGUAAAUACGAGUCCAACGCAACAGCCCUGAGACUGGCUCUUUCCUUCUCUGAUCGUGCCAUUGAAGCCUACGACGUCCUAGUUGCAUUAUUAGAAACAGAGAUUGCAUUAUCAUCGGAUAGAAACAGUGUUACCAUUGAUAAUCGAAGAACAGCUGAGAAUGUCGCUCACCAUGUACUGAAGAGACUGGAGAAUGAUUGUGCAACGCUUGGAGCACCGUGGGAGGAUAGUAUUAUUUUAUCCGAUGACUCUGAAGUAUCGUGGUCAGUGGACGAAGAGCAACGUCUUCGUCGUCACAUAAGCAAGCUGAAGGGCGAUCGUGCGAUGGUGAGAUCAACAGCUGUGGAAUUGGAAACAGUUCACGUUGAGCCAAUAAACUCCAAGAAUACGAUUUCCCUAGCAGAGGCUAGAAAAUUGGAUCUCGAGACUGCUGUUCUCAUGCAGGAGCUCAUGGCAAUGAGGGAGGACAAGGCAGAGCUUCGAGCUAGAGUUUUUCUCCUCGAGAAGGAACGAGCGACCGUUGAGUUGAAGCUCAAUGCACGAGAUGCACAAAUCGCAGCGCAACACGCAGCUAUUCAGCAUCUGCAGGGACAGCUGACUGAUACCGAGGCCAUGCUGGCUAUGGCUGGGAACAAGGAGAGGAUUGUGAGUGACUGCGAGAGCGAGGGCAUGGAGUCGGAACUCAUUGAGGCCCUGGGGAGGGAGGCAAGGCUCAAGGAUCGACUUCAGGAACUUGUGGCGACUCUGGAGAAAGUCACCAGGAACUCGGAGUUGAGGCACCAGCAGAGUGCGGAACUUGUUAAUGACUUGAAGAUGGCAAAUGGAGCACUCGUCCAAACACUAGAUAAAUCCAAAAAGAAGUACCAAUCGAGACUGAAGAAACUUGAGCAGCAGAUGAUAGCAAUGGUGGAGAGGAAUGCAUCUCAGGUGAAACUCUUGAAACAAAGAAUAGCAAUGCUGGAGGAGGAGGCAGCUGGGUACAAAGGAAGUCUUCCCCUGCAGUCCCAGAGCUCAGGUGCCUCAGAAACGUCUUUAUGACACUCGUCGGAUCGCGACGAUUCGCUCGGAUAAGAUCUCAUAACUCGAUAACUUUCCAAAUAGUCAUGUAAACCUCGCCUAAUCAGGAUUCAAUGUAUUUUUCUACUCAAUCGAUGACAGAAAAAAUGCUAAAGAACAAAGAAUUAAAUCCCAGAACCAGCUUUUGCGCCUAAACGACUGAUGUGAGAAGAGAAUAUCCCGCUUUUAUUGUACCUCGAUGGUAUUUAAUACGAAAUGGUGCGAGUUUUAGGAAGAAUUAUAAAUAAUUUUAUUAAUUUUUUUAUUCUUCGGGGGAAUUUAAUGAGAAGAUCCAUUCGAGAAAUUAUCUCACAACUUAAUUGUUUUAAAUUUUGAAUUCAAUUUUAUUGCAAUAUCACAAAAUACCGAGAAAACUCAAUUUUUUCUGAAAUAUUGACUCGAAAAGUCACGCGAAAAUGUCGGUCAAUAAUUAAAAAACUAUAAAUUCUUGAAAAAUAUCGGAAAAUUGUAUACAUCUUUUUUUGUACUUAAAUCUAACUCUACAAAAAGGUGAAUAUUAAUUUAGUUACCUCAUAAAAAAAUCAAUUAUGCAACGAAAUGAUAAAACACAGUUUCCUCAACAAUUCUUCUUAUUAAAAUCAACCAAAGAAUUUUUUCCAGCUUCUUGUCAGCUGUAUAGCAGUGUUAUGUAAAUAUGUAUAUUGUAAUCGAGUCGAAGGAACGAGUGAUACAUGUAGAGUUAUUAAAUAAAUCGUGCUUUAUUAAUUUUUAUCGUCUGAA